ACACAGACAGCGACAGCUGGCAACCCGUGCGCAAAGGUCUUUCUAUCAGUCCUUCCACUCCACUCUCUCCUUCAUUCUAGGAAGACAUUUAAACAAGGAGACAUGUUGAGGUUUGCAAUCCUCCUGUUUCUGGUGGUGACAGUCACAGAGGCAGACAUAAACUAUAAGAACAAAGUUAAACGAGAUUUGAACCCUGGCACAAUGAGGAAACGACAAGUCACAACCUGUGGUGAGAACCAGUUCAUGUGCAAGUCCGGGGAGUGCAUCCUGGCGGAGUGGACGUGCGACACUCAAGCCGACUGUCAGGACGGAUCUGACGAACAGGAAUGUGAGUGUGUGUGCAGAGGUGAACACAAGUUUCAGUGCCAGAAUGGUAAAUGUGUUCCGUCGUCCUUCAUCUGCGAUUCGGAUAACGACUGCGGAGAUAUGAGCGACGAGACUGACUGCCACUUGGUCACGUGCAGACCUGGGAUGCAUCGAUGCGACGAAUUCAGGUGCAUCAACGAAUGGGACAUCUGUGAUGGUGUCGACGACUGCCGUGACGGUUGGGACGAGAGCAACUGCGACGACACAGUCUGCAGACCGUAUCAAGUGCAGUGCCCCAACACCACCAUCUGCAUCGACCCCACGUGGCUGUGUGACGGCGACAACGACUGUCGCAACGGAUGGGACGAGAGCAACUGCGACACGUGCAACGACGGUUACAUUCACUGCGCCAACUCGACCAAAUGUAUCCCUGAUGACUGGAGGUGUGACGGUUGGGCCAACUGUCCCGAUGGUAGCGACGAGCAGAACUGCGUGUGCAACACCACCACACACUUCCUGUGCACCAGCGGCCAGUGCAUUCGCGGUGACUACAGGUGUGACGGCAACAACGACUGCAGCGAUGGCUCCGACGAAGUUGGCUGCCCUCCGCCGCACCCCAGCGUCUGUAGCGACCACCUGUCAGUGCGAGGGUGUCUUCAGAUGAACGACACGUCCACCCCCAUCUGUCUUGACGAUGACCUCGGGUUCAAAUAUUGCCGCAAGUUCUGUAACCUCUGCUUAUCUGACGAAUAAGUAGUAGAGCCAUCUUGGAUUCUGUUCCUGAAAAUAUUUGGCCUUCCGGUGCAAGAGCACACAAGAUUACAUUUGAAGAGGCCGAAGACUCACUCUACACGUGUAUUUUCUCUUGUUACUCAAUGUAUAGGUAGAAGUUUUGCCAUCAUCCGUAACAUCACGAAUAAAAAUUCUCAAAAUCUUUUA